AUGAAUGCUACAGUGCGGCGUCGUUACACCGAAAGGAUUCGAGCUCAGCGGACAGCGGACAACGGACCGGUUGGAGACGAUGAGAGGUGGAUGUCGGGUAGCAAACCACUGUUGGCGAGCCAUGAUCCGAGACUGGCCAUUCACAAAGUGGCAAUUCUGCCAAUUCACAUGCAAAGUCAGGGACCGAAGCAGGGCCCCCUUGGCCGACGCGCAACGGCACGAGAGGACGACGAUAAACCUUGCCGUGGACUAGAAAUCAGACCAGUAAAGGCGAAGGUGACGGCCAGUAACCGGGGAAAAGAGCUGAUGCAAAGGAUCCGCCAUAUGUACACUAUCGUCCAUAUGUACGAUGCACGGGGGUCAAGACGGUUCGAGAAGGACUCGCAGGACAUGGGUAAAAGCCGUUGCAAGUUAAUCGCUGCUGAGCACAAGAAGCAUGGGGCCAGUCAGUGCGCGGGACAGGAGAUGGACCAAGCAAGUGCGGGCGAGCCGAGGAGAAGAAACUAUCAAUUGAUGCUUGCUGUGUAA